AUGGCCGACCAUUCGCUGGCCUCGCCCGCGCCCCCUAAGAACGUCCAGCGGGGGGAUUAUCUGGUCGCCUUUCAUGAUCACUUCAAGCGUAACGAAGAUGAAUUGCAGAUGAUGCGCGGCGAUGUCAUCCAUCUGGAGGAGAUGGAUGAGGAAUUUCAAGAUGGAUGGUGGCUGGGAGAGCACACUCGCUCCGGCCAAAAGGGCCUCUUCCCUGCAUGUUUCACCCGCAAGGCCGAGGCUCACGAUCUCCCUCGGGCUCAUGUGCGCCCAGCUAAUUUAGGUGCCAUUAAUACCAACCCCUCCCCCCAGGGCGUGAUCGCUUCCGAAAAUACCGAAUCGCCUGCACAAAUCGAACCCUCCACACCAGCAUCGCGACACGCAAGCACCUCCGAUGUCUACGAAUCGGUGGACUCCCCCCAGCAAAAUCGAUCUGCUUCCUCGCCACUCCCGCUACCAAGCCUGGUGGCGGAUAUUCAGCAGACCUUCCGACGAUCCAUUGAUAGCCAUGCGAAUGGCGAGGAAAGCCCCGUCAUGAACGAAACCUUGAGCGUCAUUGACGAGCACAUCACCGAUAUGAACACGCCCCGUCACAGCGUGUCGACACAAGACGCAAAGACAAUCAAUGACUCGGGUAGCGAAUACAGUAGCCACUUCAGCCAUCGAAUCUCAUACAUUAAUGGGAAUGAGACAGACGAGGAGGAGGGCGACGCUCCCACUGAAGAACAGGUUCGGCAAUGGAAUCAAACUGAAACCGCCAAGCAAAUGCGAGAGCUCGGAAUGGAUCCCAAACACUGCGAAAUUUUCGAGGAACAAGAAAUCACAGGUGAUGUGCUCCUUGAUAUGGACCAAGAUUUCAUCUUCAUGAAGGAGUUCGACUUUGGUGUUAUGGGCAAACGGCUCAAGACCUGGCACAAGGUCAAGGCAUUUCAAGAAGAAGUCCGGGGUCUGAAACAACCCCAGAAUCAGGCCCCCACAAGAGCUUCCGUCGCCGGCUUCUCCAAUGGUCCCGAAGAACGAUCGCUGUCUCGUGCUGGUCAUACUGGGCCCUUCUUACCACGCAUCCCGACCGUGUCGGAGAAGACUGGCGCAGGCUACUCCCGAGUUUCCGCCGUCCCUGGCCAACACCCAAGAUUAGCCAGCAAUGCUAGCUCUCCUGUCACACCUCACACUCCUCCCUACGGCCUUGAUUCGCCAAGACGAAUCUCUGCGGCCUCCAUUCGUGACCUCAAUCAUACACGACGACAUUCCUCUAUCGACACAACCCAUCGCGGUCUCCCCGACUCAUCUAUGAAUGGCCAUAAGAAAAAGCCAUCAUUCGAUCGGGCCUGGACUCUCAACAGUGGGGGUCACGCUCUACCAGCUCGCCCGGGGACUUCACUAGGUACAACAGCGUACCGCGGUCCACAGUUCGCCGCUACGGAAUCAGAGCCCAACACGCCCGAGCACAUGGAUGACCUCGAUCGAGGCUACUUCUCCGGAACUGAGGUGGAUUCCCGUCGAAAUCGACGCGUUCUGCAGAAGCGAACAUCAGCCAGUGGGAGCCUCAGUCAUUCCCGAAAGUCAAGCUACGCGGAUGACAGGGUCGCCAAGGCCACUGGCAAACGUCAGUCUCGCAUCGCCAGUGUUGACUCUAUACGUGAUGCAUCUAGGCAUGUCUCUACUGCGGCCGAGAAUUAUCACGGCACGCCACCAAAGAGUCGUUUUAGGAGUUUGAGUACCCGUGUCUCUGAGCGAAGCGGUAAUGAUUCCCAAGAUAUCAAGCCCGGUUUCUUUUCAAGCCUCGGUCCCUUCAUGAAGAAGGGUAGUGAUUCGGAUAGUUCCGCACGUGCCUCGCCAUUACCCUUCACUCUCCCGAAAAUCGGCGGUGCAAGUCAAAGAGUUCGACGGGCCGUUGGCCUUCGCGCUAUUUCUGAUGUUGUUGGAAAGGGCAGCACUGAUAGCUCAGCUCCGGUCUCACCCCGUGAUUACGACCCUACGUCUGGUCGUACUGGGUCUACAACUCCUUCGGCGACCUCCAAGAGCUCUGAACGCCACAGUACCGAUGGGUCAGGUAAAGCUGCUGAAACCGCCGGCGGCAUGAUGGUUCGCCCCCGGACCGUCAAAUCCAAAAAAGACACUAGUGCAUAUACUCGCGGUCUCGAGAAGAAGGCGCCAAAGGAGCAGAUGGCUGGCUGCGACUACAGCGGAUGGAUGAAGAAGAGAUCAUCCAAUCUCAUGACAACAUGGAAGCCUCGACUUUUUGUUCUGCGUGGCCGUCGUCUAUCUUACUACUACUCCGAGGAAGAUACUGAAGAGCGAGGCCUCAUCGACAUCACAGCCCACCGUGUGCUGCGGGCAGAUAAUGAUCCUAUAAUCGCGCUGCACGCCACAGUGACUGGUUCCACCUCGCAGCCUGCCAAUGCCAACGCCAGCGAAGCUUCCAAACUCACCACGCCUGCAGCUCUUGCCUCACUUGCGAGCAAGGAGGGGAGCGGACCUUUCUUCUUCAAGCUCGUGCCGCCAAAGUCAGGUAACUCACGAACUGUCCAAUUCACCAAACCCACCACCCACUACUUCCAGGUUGAUAAUGUUCAGGAAGGUCGUUUGUGGAUGGCGGCCCUGAUGAAGGCUACCAUUGAACGUGAUUUGUCCCAAGUGGCGGAGAGUACCAACAAACAAAAGACGAUCAGUUUGAAACAAGCCCGGCUGAUGAACCAACGCCCACCCGCCUUGAUGGCCAAUGCCUCCGAGUCCGACCGCCUUCCCGACGAAUUAAUUGAAGAGGAAGACGAAGAAGAGCACGGGCUUCGGAUCGAAGGCUUGAAUUUGGCCAAGGCGCCAUCAACCGAUUCCAGUUCAUUCGUUGAUGCAAAGGCGGACAUCCAAGACAACACGCCAACAGCCAACGAUCGGCCCAUGUCCAACCCCCUUGGAGAAAUCGACACUGGAAAUAUAUCCCUCCUUCCUAGCCCCUUGGCUAAGAUGGAAUCGCAGUAG